AUGUACAUUGCGUGUGGAGCUUGCUCUAUGCUUGUGUGGGUGCUGCGGAACCACAUGACCAAGGACGACCAUAGGUGGGAGUUGCAUUGGCGCACGAUCUGGAGGUUGCCGGCUGGAGGGUUCUUUGGGUCGUCGUCGAUCCAGUUCAACUUUUUCUGCUUUUACCAUUGCCCCACCACCAUCACACCUCCGUCGUUGGCAACGAGGGAAUACGUUGGCGAGUGGCUGUUUGGGUUUGCCUUCGAGAACAUCGCAGCCAUCCACCGACACCCCAACUACUUUGGCGACCUUUGCGUGUGGGUCAUGUCGUUCGCUGACGCGUGCGCCUUUCAGCGUGGACUGCUCGCGAUGCUUCCAGGUGUUGCAUGCUAUUACCUUGUCUACUUUACGGGGGCGUGGAUGGCUGAACAAGUGUCCCUGAUGAAGCGCGGUCGAUCACAUGCGCACUACUACCAAGCCGAGACUUCUAUCUUGAUUCCAUGA